GCCGAAUGCUCUCAGGGAAAGUGCAGCGAAUCUAGUCCUCGUUUCCAAAACCAGUCCCUCUUCUGUCUUCCUCGACAGGGCAAGAACUCGGUCGGCCUCGACCUACGUGUUUACCUAGGUACCUAGGUAUUUAGCAUCAGGUGCAGCCUGCUCGAAAAAAGCUGGGGCUGGUGGCAGUUUCCAGAGCAUUCACCUGGCCAGUGUUUCCUUUCCUGCCACUUCCACUGUCCCAGCAACCUGCCUACCCACCCUGCCUAGGUAGUACACAACACUUCAACCUCAAAACUUUUCCCGCCUCGUUUCUUCGUCACGCAUCCAACUCAUCUGCCCUCCAUACCUCGUCCAUCUUCCCCCUUCUUCCCUCCGUCCAACACCAAGCUGAUCGAAAGGAUCUACCCCAUCUCAGCUAUUUUUCACCCAUUUCUGUCCCCAGCUACGUCACCUGCUCAACAGGAAACAACCACCUUUGGAAUAGCAUCUUCGCUGCCUCCUUUUGAGCAACCUUUUCUUGGCUGUCGUUUGUCCCCACGAUGCCCCAAGACGAGAACGCCCCAUACGAGGAUGGCGCCGCAGGUGGCCAACCCGCCCUGAGGAAGUCCGCUACGCCUCUGACAACCUCCAAACUCGUCAACCAGGGCUCUGCCAAGCCUACCUACGACGGGGCUAAUCCCAUGGACAAGCUGCUGGCCAAGCUGUGCGAGAGCCACGAGCAGCCUCGCCAGAUCGACUGUGCCGAAAUUGACAACCCUUCCUCUUGCAGCUCUCUGCCAAUCACGCCUGCCACCGAUGCUUUCGGCGGCACUGCCCCGACAACUCGGCCUGCCAGUGCAGCGCCAAAUGACAACAGCGCCACCGAGGAGGUCCUCCGACUGAAGCUGGAGCUCGCCAAGGCCCAGAGUCACAUUACCAACCUCAACAAUGAGCUUGCACAGUCCCGUCGUGACCAGGGAAGUGGCCGUGCAACGCCAAUACUCUCGUCUGAUUCUGACUACGCAGGCGGUGCCCCUCUGGUGGAACCUAUUGGGACGAAGCCACCGGCAUACCCUCUAAUGUCAGGUCUUCCCAAGACCCAGCUCCCUCGUGAGAACACCUGGCAGGGACCUGUCUCCGACGACUGCCGCUCUGAAAUUAGUGACACCAUGUCGGCCACUGGCUACAACCGGUCUCGGGGAAUCCCCAGCAAUGCAAACAAGCCAAACUACCAACCUUCCUUCAUGCCGCCCCCCAUGCCGCUUCAGGAUGGUCCCCACUCCGCGGGCUGGUCUGUCCCUCGCGACCAAGGCUUCAUCGAUCAGUCCGUUCCACAGUACAAUGAGAACUCCAUGGAUGGCUUUCGAGGAGAUCGCUUUGGUCAACAGCCUGACCUUAUGCGGUCCGGUAGUGGCCGUCGCGGCAAUCGUUAUGACAACCGAUUCGGAAACCCCAACUCUUAUGGCAGCAACUACGGCGGCUAUGGCAUUGGAAACAUGGGCCCUUCCCAAUAUGACGGUCCUGGCUACCCCGGAGGCCCUGGCAGCAUGCCUGGAAACGGUAUGGGAAUGUUUCCUCAGUAUGGGCCGUCGCCUAUUGGAACACCCCUGUCUCCCCAUGCGACUGAGUUCACCUCCACCACAGGAGGUUCUUGGAAGACUGAGGCAAUCGCUACCGAAGGACAGACGUAUCUGCCAACCACCGAACCCCUCAACUAUCGUCGCCUUCUGGAUCGCAACGUCAAUUGCAACUGGAAGUACAUCGUUGACAAGAUCGUCUGCAACAACGACCAGCAAGCUUCUAUCUUCCUGCAACAGAAGCUCAAAGUCGGAACCCCCGAGCAGAAAUACGAGAUUGUCGAAGCCAUUGUUGCUCAGGCAUACCCACUCAUGGUCAAUCGCUUUGGGAACUUCCUGGUCCAACGCUGCUUCGAGCACGGCACUCCAGAGCAGGUCAUCAAGAUUGCUGAGGCUAUCCGUGGCAACACGCUCAACCUCUCGAUGGACCCAUUUGGAUGUCACGUCGUGCAGAAGGCAUUUGAUUCAGUCCCGGAGGACUACAAGGCCAUCAUGGUCCAUGAGCUGCUCCGUCGUAUUCCUGAGACCGUCAUUCAUCGUUAUGCUUGUCAUGUCUGGCAGAAGCUGUUCGAGUUGAGAUGGACAGAGAGUCCUCCUCAGAUCAUGAAAUUCGUCAACGAGGCGCUGCGCGGCAUGUGGCAUGAGGUCGCACUGGGAGAGACUGGCAGCUUGGUUGUUCAAAACAUUUUUGAGAACUGCUUGGAGGACGACAAGCGUCCAUGCAUUGAAGAAGUCCUUGCCAACAUCGACAUCGUGGCGCACGGCCAGUUUGGUAACUGGUGCAUACAGCACAUCUGCGAGCACGGUGCCCCCGCCGACCGCAGCCGUGCCAUUGACCAUGUCAUCCGUUACGCUGCAGAGUACUCCAUGGACCAGUUCGCUUCCAAGGUCGUUGAGAAGUGCCUCAAGAUUGGAGGGCCCGAGUUUCUCAGCCGCUAUCUAGACCGAGUCAGCGAGGGUCGUCUCGACCGUCCACGCAUUCCCCUGAUUGACAUUGCCAGCGACCAGUAUGGCAAUUAUCUCAUCCAGUACAUCUUGACUCACGCCAAUACCCAGCACCGAGACAUGGUGGCUGCUCACAUCCGCAAGCACAUGGUCUCACUCCGUGGGUCCAAGUUCGGCUCCCGAGUCGGAAUGCUCUGUACCAACCCGGCAGUUGCGACAAGGCCAGGUCCCGGAGUUGGACCUGUUGUAGGUAAUCGCAUGGCUCCAGGACCCCGUUUUGGUGGGGCCUACCGCUGAAAGGCUCCCUUCGCCCAAGAUUAGCCAAAGCAGCCAUUCUGUCCAUGACUACUUUAUUCAUCUCAGAGCGGCAAACUGACCGUCAAGCUGAAUCCACACUGCUCUCCUUUGUCUCGAAACAGCCAAUUUCCUCGAUCGGUUCCCGUCCGAAGAAGUUGGGCGGCGAUUUGACGAUUCUUUUACGAACAUCAUCUUCAGAAGCUACUUUACAAAUCACUCGACAUCCUACUCUUGGGAGGCUACUGCCCACUCGAGUGCUUUGGACACCUCAUCAUUAUUUUCUGUCGGCAAUUUCGCCCGACAUCGAAUUUACUGUCGGAAGUGAGGACGGAGACCAGGUCUCAGAAGGCAGCCUUUGGGCCGUCAAAAACGUCUUUUGAACAACACACGUGGCAUGAUAUGGGCAUUCCAACUCUACCGGAAGUCUUUGGGAGGGGGCGGGAGUUGCGAGUUACGUGGCUCUGGAGAUUCAGAGAGGUGUAA